AUCUAUACUUGUAUAGUAAGCUCUCGUCAAACUUAUAAACAAAAAUCCCUUUCAUUCUCUUACCAUGUCAAGAACCUCAGUGCCAUUUUUCCAUAUAGACACAUCCCUUUCAUUAUAUAUAUAUGGCCAAUCCUAAGCCCCAAGCUGACCAAUUACCACCACUUCACUCUCCAAUCCUGAUCCCAUCUCCGAUCAGAUCUUCGGGUCAGCCCUUUAGUUCAAGGCAUGAUGAACAUCCACCGAGGCUUAUUCGAUCGCCCAUUGGGUUUUCGAGUCAGCCCAUGAGUGGAAGGCAUGGUGACCAAUCACCGAGGCGCCAUAUUCGACCACCGGGUGGUUCAUCGGCUCAGCCCGCAAGUGGAAGACACCCGAGUUUUAAAGGUGUUAGGUUACGGAGUGGGAAAUGGGUAUCCGAGAUCCGGGAACCACGUAAAACUACGCGUGUAUGGCUCGGUACGUAUCCAACUCCUGAGAUGGCAGCCACCGCCUAUGAUGUGGCUGCUCUAGCACUUAAAGGCACCAGCACGCCACUGAAUUUCCCGGAAUCAAUCCUUUCCUAUCCAACACCAGCCUCAGCAUCCCCUAGUGAUAUAAGGGCUGCAGCUGCUAGUGCAGCAUCAGCCAGGUCACCCAAGCGUGAAAGUGGGCCAAACCCUGAGAUGGGCCAGCCUGAAACAGAAGGCUCAUCAUCUAUUAUCACUGCUGAUGUUCAAUCAGGACAGGAAAUUUUCGACGAGGAAGAACUUUUAAACAUGCCCAAUUUGCUAGUUGACAUGGCAGGAGGAAUGCUAGUAAGCCCACCAAGAAUAAACACACUAUCUUCUGAUGAUUCACCAGGGAGUUCCGAUGCUGAAAGCCUAUGGUCCUACCACUAAAGCAAACCCAAACAGCUUCUCCAUGGAGAACUUGCUUCUUGGUUUUGGUCAAAGGGAGAGGUUUUGGUCCCAUGAUGUAACAAAAGGUUGGCUUUUAUUAAAGAUUUUUCUAUGGGGUAAUAGGCAAUGGAGUGUUGUGUAGAUAAAGGUAAAACUGGUUGGUGAAUCGAUUUUGCUGCCACAUUUGUUAGUUGUAUAUAUUUAAAUGUGUCAGCUAGAGCCAGAGUACGUCUCUCCUUCCAUCUGAAUGUUUUUCUGAUAGACUUUUGAGAGAGACUUCCCUUGUAGUUUCCUCCGACGAUUAUAUAUUUUGUCCCUCUCUUGAUAUUU